UAGUUAAGUACUCUGUGAUUCUUUGAAACUAGUAAUCUUCAUUUUUAUUCUGGAGUUUUAUAAACAAAAAUAUUUUUCUUUAAAUUUUCGCAGCUAUAUAUAAAAAUCAAAGUUAAUAAUUAUUGUUCUUGAAAUAAGCAUCUAUAAUAAUAAUUAUGAUUAUCCGAUGCACCCUUCUGAUAUUGUUUUUGAACUGUGCAACAACGACUCAGAAUAUUCAUAGAAAUGGAGUGGUAUCUCAUAGUGAUUUUGAUAGGAGAUUCUCGUAUUCUUUCUGGCCAUCCAUUCAUAAUGCAGCGAAGAUGAUUAAGCUGCAAAGGCGGGAUGUAAAGGAUCAGGUUCAAACCGAAGGCGGUGAGGUGGUCAAUCAAGUUAAUAAUCCACCAGCGCACUCAUCACCGGAACCUGUUGAAAAGAAGAAUCAGACUACCAUUGAAAAACAACCUGAGAUACAAAAAGUUCCAGGAAAUGUGACUAGUGCAAAUGAAACAGUAGUGACAACUACAGUGGCAGAUGAAAAACAUGAAGUAAAAAAUGAGACAGCAACUAUGAAAACCACCCCAUUGGAUCUGAACAAUCCUGGAGUUGUCAAGAGAGGCCUCAUUGUCUUUGGUGGUUUUGCUCUUUUGGCUGUAGCCUAUUUUAUAUUUUACAGGAUGAAGAGCAACAAAAACGAUGCUGCUAAUUCACACAGUUUGAACGACACUAACCAGUUCCGAUAUGGUGUUCUACAAUCGGAGGAUAAAAGGCACAAUUUGGAACUAUCGCGAGUGCCUUUGACAAUGGAAUCCGAUGAAGACGAGGACGAAGAUUUAGAAAUAUUUGAUUUAGGACAGAAGAAAAAGUCAUUGUCUUACGUGAAUUUACAAACUAACGAUGAAGAUAUUGUAUUGAACAGUCCCACAGAAUCUUCCAGUGCAAAUAAUAAAGACAAUCUUCUAUUGGACAUUGAAGAUGCCUCUACAGACACAUUAAUCAAUUGGUCCAAUAAUGGUAGUAAGUCAAUAUUAUAAUUUUCAUUUGUUUAGAUGUUACGUCACGUAUUUAUACCAGAUUGUGAUUGUUGAAAUAUGGUUUGCAUUUACGUUAUUAUAUAUUUAUCUUUGCUUCUGAUUCGAAGUAUUACAUUUGGAUAACUAUUAUGACUAUCUUCUCUAUACGUAUAACAAAGUUGUUAUAGUUUAGAAGUCAGAAUGAAAUAGAAGUAUAGAUGGUCUUCGAUAACAUGGCACGCUCUUUCAAAAUUCAAAAAAUAAAAAUGUGUGAGUAAAAAUAUUUACAAAGUAUCGACCAAGGAAUAUAAUACAAUAGGUAUACUUCUGGCCUGACUGCUACUAAAGAUGUUUCCUCACAAACACAAACAGAGAACCAAUGUAUGUAUAUGGUCACAUACAUUGUAGUAAAAAGUGAGCAUGCCAUGUUAACGCAGACAACCUAUAUUUAGCAUUCUUUCAAGUAUUUCUUCUCAAGUAAUUUUCCAGUGAAAAUAAAUAUUUUUUCCCAAAGAAAUAUGGGUUGAAAACGGUAAUAAAUUUAGAGGUAAAUUAAGAGAUGGACUCGCCAUGUUAGUAGUUUCACUCGUAGUGCAAAAACUUUAAAAGGAUGCUUAAGAUUUCGAUUAAUACAUUAAAUUAAUAUAUUAAAUUUAAUAAAUUUACAAAGAUUUAUUAUUCUCAAUUCUAUUUUAAAUAGAAUGGAAUUAUUAAAAAAAUUUAAAAAUGAAAAAAAUAUUUUCUGUAUUGCUUAGUGUAUCUAGCAUUCACGAGAUGUGCAAGUUCAUCGUUGUGCUAUACGGCCUAGCCACGAAUUAAUUAUCACACACUUGUUUAUACUUGCAUAAUAACUCUUCGAAGGUUAUAUCAGAAUAAUUACAAUUAGUGACUUCUGCUAAAAGAUUCACAAUUAAUAGUCUACAAAACUAACUAACAACAUGUUGACUAACGUAGAGCAUUUACAUUUCUAUUUUUUUAUUUUUAUGAGUAAUGAUUUGUAACUCCUUAAACGCGAUAUAAAAUUCAAAUUGUUGAUAAACUAUUUUUCUGUUUUCCUCGUUUUAUUGAAAGUACUAACAACAUGUUCCAUUAUAUUUGUUUCAUAUCUUCAUUAAAAAUAAUAUUUAUAUAGUAUGUCUUCUAUCGUUAAUAGUCAUCAGCCAUGAGAUUGUUCAUUAUUAACCCAGUGUAUGGCAGAUUCAUGACAAUCCAAAUAACCUCCACGAAACAAUCUUUUCUCUGUUGUUCCUUCAGUGUCGACUCUCAAGUAUGCUGCGUCCCUGAUUCUUACGAAGUGCUAUCUGUUAUAUUACAAUUUUAAUUCAACAAAUUUAUAUUCCAUUGCAUGUAAUAAGAUUAACGUUAUCGUAUUCUCUUUUAAUAAGGAAAACUUCAUCUGUUAGGUAUAUUUAGUUUACGUUAUUUCGUUGUUCCAGUUACAUAUUCUAAUGUAAAUUCAGUGUUGUUCUAUUCAUUAAAUUUUUGCAUUCAUGUCACGAAUUAUUUUCUGCUGAAUCUCUGUUAUUAGACACAGGACAUUUGACUUUUCAAUUAUUACAUUAUUAUAUUAAACCAUUAGAUAUAAUUAAAGUAACAUGUUCCUUAUCGUAUUUUGAUUAAUGAAUGGUGAGCAUUUUUUUUUUAAAUAUUUUUUUAUUGUUGUUAAGAAAUGCUAGUGUUCGUUUUUUUUGUAUUAUUUUUUUUUUGCCAUAGAUUUAAUCGUCUUAAAUUAAUUUUAGUUCGGAAUAAAGAACAGAGAAUUAAAAUACAAGACUUAAAUUUUUACUCUACCAUGUUUAUUACACUUGAACAUAAAGAUAAACAGCAAUUGGUUUAAAAAUUUGUUAGCAAGGGUGGAGUCAUCUCUGAAAGAGAUCUCUUCCAGCCAAUCUAAUGCAAUGAGAGAGAAAAUAAUUAGAGGGUAAUCUAGUGCAAGAAAUUUGUGUGCAAGGUAAAAAUAGAACUAGGCUUAAAUAUAAUUAUUUUUAUAUUAUGUAUUGCAAUUGUUUAGCAUAAUAUCUAUACAGUCUAUUUGUUGAUUUCUUUAUUUACCCAGACGGUGAUUAUAUUUAAAUAAUAUAACAUUAUUUAAUAUAAAAUUUCCUGAAAAAACAAAUCUACAAGUUAAUAUUUUUAAUAAAAAUAUUUUGAGCAUUUAUUUUUUAUAUACAUAUUGAUUAUUUCAAAUAAAUUGAUGUAUCACACAGUAAGUGACUUUCUCGUUUUCAACUUACUUCAAAAAACGUUUGUUCGCAAUUCGGUUUUAUGUUUUUUUUUUUAAUGUUUGUUGCAUUAUAAUUUUGUUAGGUGUAAACCGAUUUGGAAAAUUAUUUUUUUAUCUGAAAGGAUAUAGAUUAGAAAUUAUACCAAAAUCGGAUCAGUAGUUUUAAAACUAUAAUAACUGGUUAUGCCACAACUGAAGUCGUUUUUUUGUAAGAUAUAAUUUAAUUAUUAACAUUACCACAGAAAUCUUGUUCGGUCAUGGAAAAAAAAAAUCGAUCUUGAGAGAUCAUUAGUUUGCCGAAAUUGUUGAGUGACAUUAACCGUCUUACAUACGUAAGAAUACAUAAAUAAAUAAGAAUAGAAAUAAUCUUUAUUUGAAUAGAUUUGUUUACUAGUUUUUAAAACGUCAUUUUGUUGACUACCGUUCGGUUUGUAAUGUAAGUCUUUCAGUAAACCUAUUUUAGUAAUGUGGUUUGUCACUUAAUUGAAUUUAUUGCAUUAUAAAGAUGUAAAUCAUAUACCAAUAGAUAGAAGCGGUUUGACCUUUUAACGUUUUUAUGUAUAAUGGGAUAAUGUUUCUGAGCAAAUUACUUUUGUGAGAAAUUAUUUUUAUUUUUAGUGUUUUAGUAUAGCAACUAAAUUACGCACUAUUUAUUUGAUUACCAUAAUUAUUAUAUUUAUAGAGUAUAUAUUUACCUAUAUUAAGGACCUUUGUUUUGAUUUGAUUUAUUUGAUGACCGUAAUGACUAUUGUAAUCAAAUCUUUGCACUUUCAAGGCACGAAUUCUCUAGAAAACAUUUAUUAUUAUGUUUAGAUAAAGAAAUUCUACAACAGAACCAGUUCUUUGGUAUUUUAAAACAGUAAGUGGAAUAUUAAUUAUGUUCAAAUAUUUCAGAAUUAUAAUUUCAAAAAUAAUAAUACAAAUAGUAAUUAAAAUAGUGCCAUGUUAUCAGAAUAAAGUGCUAAUUUAUCUGAUUCAACAAUAACAUAGUUUACAGAGUAAAAAAUUUAAAUAUAAAAUCUAAAAUAUCAAAAUAAAAAACAAUCUAAUAAUAGGCUAGAAGUAAACAAAUAAGUACUUCCACGAAGCAAUUCAUAUUUACUGAUACCUGUCUAUUUAUGAAAAGUUAAAAAUAUUAUGGUCCUUUCCUUCAAAUUAAAAUUUAAUUAGAAAGAGACGGAUAACUUCAGUAGCUGUUAGACCUUUGACUCUUAUAUAUAAGGUGAUUAACAUUUCUAAUGUACUUACCUCAUAUUUUUUUUGUAACAAUAACAUUGCUUAUUAUAGAAAUAAUAUGUUAUAUUUUUCGAUUAUGAAUCUAAUACUUAAUCACUAGUUAUAUAGAUAAUUUUGUACUUACAUGCGAAUAAUUAACCGGCAAAUAAUUUUUAGUUUAUACACUAAAUGUUAAAAUGGCAAAGAUAUAUAGAAUAAUUUGUAAUACUAAAUUUGUGAAAUAAUUUGUGUAAUUUACUAUAGUAUACAAUAUAGAUAGAUCACAGUAUAAAUAACAGCGUGAAAUAUGAAUAAUUUGUAUGUACAAAACGAUUGUCAUAAUAUAGAUUCGGUUACAGAUAAUUGUAAUCUUGUACAAAUGUACAGAGAACACAUUGGAUGCCUUCAAUCGCCAGGCGGUAAUGUAACGGUUCAACACACCGUUUCAUCUUUCGACGGUUGCAGGUUCGAUACCUGCACAAUACAUUAUUUGUAUUGCCCUCGAUGGUUUUUAUGUGUAAUAUGUAUGUAUGUAAAAAAAUAUUUAUAUUAGAUGUAUUAGUAAAGGCCGGCUGUACACCUGCAAUGCUUCUGGUUUUACAGGUGGUCAUGGGCGGCGGUAGUCACUUACCAUCAGGUAAGCCGCAAGCCCAUUUGCCUCCUGUCUUAUAAAAAAAAUUGUCCAGUACCCAUAAUUUAACUUAGUAUGUCGGCUAGAUGGCGCUGUGAAGUAUGCCCAAUUAUAUUUAUUUUGUCAUAUUUAUAAUUUAGAGUAAAUUAUAAUAAGAGAGCCAUUGGUGUAUUUAAGAUUACUUUACAGGGGGCAGGGAGGGGAGAAGGUCUGGCCCCUUAUAAAAGUACGCAUACGUACUCUUAUGUACAAUGUCUUUGCAAAGCUUCUUUGUCUUCUGGGGUGGACACCAGAUAAUUCUAGGGUGGGCACGGUACACCCGCUCUUCUUUUAAAUACGCCUAUGAGGCGAGCAUAUAUCAUACCGUCCUGCGUUAAAUUGUCAAGGUUUCAUUCGUUAUCAAACUAUAAAUAUACGAUUGACAUAGUAUAAUCAUUAAAAGAAUGCAUAACUGCACUUAUUUCACGCUGCUAAAUACCAGUAAUUCUGUAGGAACGCUUGUUUUGAACUCGUGUUUUGUAUGAAAAUUAAUAUUUUGGCUGUAGAUUAUACUUACAAAAAAAAACAUAUCAAAAUUUUACACUGUUUUUAUUGUUGGAUAUUAAAUAAGUAGGCGCGAUGAAAACAAAAUGACAGAAUUUUAUGGAGGAGAUUGUUUUGUUGAUUUAAAAAUAGAUCGAAUAAUUGAAGAUGUUUUAGAGUUACUAAGCUGUCUCAUAAACUCAGGUUCAUGUCAAACUGUGCUGCAACUAUUAUCAAAAUAGUUUUUUAAGCACAGUAAUGCUCAUGUAAGUUUUUCAGUAUAAUAACUACCUAUUUAAUUUACGUAUAUUUUAGUCGAGAAGCUUGACUAGUUUCAGGACUAUCCGGGACCCUUAAUCAUUCGCAGCCAAACUCGCGCUCGCGUUACAGUCGCUCAUAGUUUUAUAAAACUUUAAACAAUAAAUUUAAUAAAGUUACAACACGAUUCAAACAUCAAAACUGAACUAACCUAACUAAUAAUAGAUUGGCAAUUUCAAUGAUUUUGUAAAAUAAAAAUACGCAAUUAUUUUAUUAUGAUGAAAUAUUUGGCUUUCUAUUAUAUAGGAUAGGUAGACAGUCUACUCGGAUAUGAAGCAUGCCUCCAAUUUGGGUAGAUAGAAUUACACCUAACAUAGAUAUGCCCUAGUUGUAUCGCUAGGCAUCGUUGUGUAAAAACUAGGCAACUUAUGCGAGCAAUUUAUCUUAACGCUUAAAGUAUUAAUCGCGGGAACUGUGAUUCGUAGACUUUUAUCUUUUCCAAAGUAUAAGUAAUUUAUGCUUGUUAUGGAAGCACUUCCAGUAUGUGGCACGUCUAGUGAUCUUAAAUCAGUGUAAUUAUAUAUCUGUGUUUAGGUCGCUAUGGUAACUAGAUCUUCAUAUAUGGUUGUUGAUUGUAACAUAAAAUAUAUUAUUCUUUGCUAAUUCUCUUUAUUCUCUUUAAUAUGGUAGCAGAGCGUUCACGACCUCGGUAAAUAGAUAGUUUGUAAAGAACAAAGGUUCGGAGAGAGUGUAAACAUGUCUACAAAUGUAAAACUCGACAUUCGACCGUUCGACGGAACUAACUGGACCACUUGGAAAUUUCAAGUGUUGAUGCUGUUGAGAACACACGCCGGAGCCUUGGAAGCGGUUCAAGGGACACUCACAAAGCCAACACAUCCAAGUACCACUGCCACACCGGGAGCUAUAUCGACUUAUAAAGCAGAGUACGAUGCUUAUUAGCGAAUCAAUAGCACUGCAUUUUUACUACUCACCACCAAUAUGACAGAGAAAAUGCUCGCCAAAGUUAUGCGUUUUACUACAGCUAAAGAAGCUUGGGAUGAACUGAACCGGCUUUAUGAAAGAGUAUCACAAGAUCGCUUUUAUGAUGUCUGCAUGCAAUUUUUUGGAUACAAGCUUGAUCCUACUCACGAUAUGGGGACACACUUGACUACAGCAAAGAAUUUAUGGCAUGAAGUAAAUCUGAUCUUAAUGAAACAAGGCAAGACCGAACUACCAGAGAUGUUGUUGAUAUGUAAAAUUAUGGAUUCACUUCCUGAGGAGUACUUCAAUUUCAAAUCUAGUUGGGCCUUGAUGUCAGUGAAUGAUCAUACGAUAGAGAACUUGACUACUCAGCUGUGCGCAUAUGAAAGGUCUUUAAAGAAAAAUAUAGAUGAAGGUGAAAGUAGCAAUGAACUUCUUAUGGUACGAGGUGAGAAACGUAAUGAGAAGCAAAGUAAAAAGAAAAAGUUCAAAUGCAACUAUUGUGGAGAAGGGUUUCACAAAGUCAGGUCAUGUAAAAAGUGGAUUGCGGAUGGUAGACCUCCAAAAUCUCAAAAGCAAUCUACGAAUGCAGUAAUGUCGACAGGUCUAGCUCUAGCUUGCAAUGAUAAAAAUCUUCAUAAAGAAUCAUGGUACGUAGAUAACGGCGCGACAAAUCACGUAACUAAUAGAAGAGAUGUAUUCCAGUCUUUCGAGUACUUUCAUGAUCCUCAUACAAUUACGACUGCUAACGGGGACGGAAUUGAAGCCAUUGGCAAAGGCUCUAUCCAACUUGAAGCUGAUGUAAAUGGACAAAAACAGUUGAUAACAUUGACUAAUGUAUGGUAUGUACCAAGUAUACAACGAAACUUGUUCUCUGUACUAGCUGCGCAAGAUGUGCUUAAAAAUAGUUUUUUUUCAAUCAACUGCUCGAUCAUGUUGUAUGAAGAAUAAUGGUAAAGUGAUUUUGGUUGGAAAUCGUAAGGAACAUGGUAGUUUAUAUAAAUUAAAUGUAAAACUAUUAAUGCCUAAAAAUGAAGCAAAUCUGUUAUCGACGCUACAGAAUCUUAAGCUGUAUCAUGAACGCUUAGGGCACCAAAAUUGUCGUCAUGUAGCUAAAUUAAUACAAAAAGAGCUUGGAAUAAGGCUAGAUUCCAGUUCUGCUGACAUUUGUGAAGGCUGUAUCUUCGGCAAGAGCCACAGAAAGAAGUUCGGAGAAAGACCUAAAGCUACCAAACCUGGAGAGCUAAUUGUCACAGACGUUUGUGGACCAUUUUCUUAUUCAAUUUCAAAAUUUAAAUAUUAUGUUCUGUUUAAAGAUCAAUACUCGAAAUAUCGUUGGAUCUACUUUUUUGAGACACAAGUCAGAGGUACAUGCUCGCUUGAAGGAAUUUCUAGCUGAAGUUAAUACUUUUGGACACGUCAUUCAAGGGUUGUUAAGCGAUAAUGGAGGAGAAUUUGAUAACGAACAGGUACGUAAUACUUUGAAAGAAUUUGGAAUAAAGCAAAUGUUGACAAUGCCAUAUACUCCUGAACAAAAUGGUUCUGCUGAAAGAGAAAAUCGUACAAUUGUGGAGAUGUCAAGAGCACUUAUGCAUGCUCAUAAUGAGAUACCAAACGGUUUAUGGGCUGAAAUAUCUAAAGCUGCAGUCUAUAUACUCAAUAGAACGGGACCAACUCCAGUAGAUGGAAAGUCACCGCAUCAGCUAUGGUAUAAUAAAAAGCCAAAAAUAAAUCAUCUCAGAAUUAUAGGAUGCAAUUGCUAUGUACAUAUCCCAAAACAGAAAAGAUUGAGAAAGUUAGAGAAUAAAGCCGAGAAAGGAAUACUUAUUGGGUAUGAUGGAGAUGAAGGAUAUCGAGUUUACGAUGUGAAAAAUCUGAAAUUGAUGAGAUCACGUGAUGUAGUAUUUGAUGAGAAAUCUUUACUAGAAAAACGCAAGAUUGACAAACCUCCAGAAAAACCUAAUGUAGAGCCAGUAGGAAAUAAAACAUAUGUACUACCAAUACCUUCUGCAAAUUGUGGAACUGAUGAUAAUUCUCAUUUAAAUUCACAUAUAGAGGCAAAUGGUAGGGAUGAAAAUAUUGAAUCGUUUAGAGAAGAUAAUGAAAGGGAUGAAAAUGAAAUAGAGGCAACGAUGGGGCGACAACUUCGUGAUCGAAGCCGAAUUAAACCUCCUGAGAGAUUCAAUUUUGAGGAAGUUAUUAAUGAGGCUAUAUCUGUUUCUGAGUCAUCUUUAUACCAAAAAGUCUUAAACAGUCCUGAAAAGGAUAAGUGGAUUGAGGCAAUGAAUAAAGAAAUAAAUUCAUUAUAUGAGAAUGAGACAUUGAAAAUGACAGAUUUGCUAAAGAACAGAAAAGGAUUACAAUGCAAAUGAGUAUUUAAAAUUAAAAAUGAAUCUUAAUAUGCCUACUCUACGCAUUGACUCUACAAUCAAAUUAGUACAUAAUCCAUCAUAUGAACUACACCAUAAAGCAAAACACAUAAAGCCGAUACACUUCUGUGUAAGACACUGUGUAUGUGAAAGAGAAGUCACUAUAGAAGAAGUAUCAACUGAAGAACAGCUUGCUAAUAUUCUUACGAAGCCUGUUUACAAGCCAAUGCUAAUAAAGCUAUAUAAUGAGUUUGGCUUGAAAAAGGAGAGGGAAUGUUAUGGAAGCACUUCCAGUAUGUGGCACGUCUAGUGAUCUUAAAUCAGUGUAAUUAUAUAUCUGUGUUUAGGUCGCUAUGGUAACUAGAUGUUCAUAUAUGGUUGUUGAUUGUAACAUAAAAUAUAUUAUUCUUUGCUAAUUCUCUUUAUUCUCUUUAAUAAUGCUUUCCUAAGAUAGUUUGUACCUUAAAAUUAGCUAGAAGGCUUCUUAAACAGGGCUGGGUCUAAAUCGUUAGGUAUAUGAAUAGUGUAAAGUGGUUAUUCCGACCUCUUGUUGAUAAGUGAUAUGAAAAAUUUGCUGCAUCUUUUCACAGCGAAUUUUUCAUAGACCAUUCGCGAUUUACUAAUUUUAUCUUUUGCCACCCUAUAAAAUGGGAUAGAAAAUUUUGUUUGAAUAAUUGAUUUUUGUUUCAGCAUUCGAAAAUACUGUUAAAUUAUAUAGGAUCAUUACUUAAAUCAGUUUAUAAACUAAUUAAAUAUUUCACAAUAUCUCUAGUGACAGCACUUUCACUGUAAAUCAUUUAGUACUUAUAUAUACGUAGGUACUAGAUAUGAUCCUAUACAUUUUUUAGUGUACUGUAUAUAACAUUAUUGUAAGACUGCGUAUUUUAUUCAUAAAUUUGUUUAAAACCGCUAAUGGAACGACCUAAAUAUAAUGUUUUAAUUUAAUAAUUAAAAUAAACCACAAACCUUUGGUGAGAUCUUAAAAAUGUUAAGCGACGGACAAUGCAGGUUAAAUAGUAUUGAUUUACUAGAAAUCCUAGAUACACAAUUACAAAUAAAGAAAGCGGUAUGGAAAAUAGAGCGCAUUUAAUGAACAUUAUACUCGUUUCUAACCAUCCACUGAUAUUUCUAGUGAGAAAUAUGCAAAAGAACCUAAGUACGAACAAUAAGCAAACUGAAGGGGCAAUGGGCUUGCCAGUUAUGGCAGCCUGGGGGAGGCCUAUGUUUAGUAGUGGACAGUUAACGGCUCAUAUGAUAAUGCUGAAACAUUCUUAAUUUUCUAAAAAUAGAAUGGCUAGAUGUGUAUUUUUUUAUUUAAUGCAUAUAUUAGAUUCUACUAACGCUUCGCCGUAUAAGAACUGUUCAGUGUGGAUUGUGAAUCUUGGGUUUUUUUUUUAUAUCAAUAUUAAAAGGUCUAUUUUUAUUCACUUAGCACUAUUUCUAUGUAUUGUUAUAAUUAUCACAACUUAAGCUUUGGACUGUGAUAAUAGACGAGAGAGUAAGUAAAUUAUUGUAUAAAUUAUAUUUUUUGUAACUUUCAUAUUUUUUGCGAAUUGUGAUUAAAGGUAGUCACUCUCUGUCAUUAAUAAAUCUAAAAGUACUAUGCUCUGCGAGUUGUAGUAUGGAGUGAUUGACAAGUCAUUAAAUGUAAAAAAAUAAUAAUAAUGAAACGUAAUUUACGGAUUUAAUAAAAUAUUUGACCGUAAAAAGUACUCAUAUCAGUUAUGAUACCUAUUAGGGAAAUGUAAACAAUUUUUUUAGUACAGUAAAAACUGCCAAAUUGUCAGCUGUCAUCUGCACCAUACUAUAACGUGCAGUGUGUAAUCUGUUAUUUGUUAAAGUGAUAAUAAUUAUGUCUAGAUUCGAUAGGUAUGUGUAUUGAUAACGCAAGUUGACACAACAGCUUUCACAACCAAAACAAAACUGGUCAACCAACUUGUAACAAACUGUAUUGUAAAGUGAGGUUGUUUCUAAUAAAGAUUACAAAAUUUA